AUGAUGCAAGCCAAGAAGAUUAAGUACGACGUCAUUGGACUGACCGAGACGAGACGACGUCAUCCUCUCAACGCCGUAUAUGAAACUGGAGAAGAACUGUUCUUAGGAACAUGCGACAGUAGAGGUGUUGGUGGGGUUGGCGUCCUCGACAGCACGAGUAUGGCAAAGAACAUCGACUCUUUCGAACAACUAACGACCCGAAUCGAACGUCUGCGGAUGAGAUGUGGUCUAACACCAGCAUUGACCAUUUUCGUUGCUUACGCUCCAACAUCAAGAUACGAUGAAGAAGAAGUCGAAGCUUUCUAUAUGGACCUGGAAAAGUUCUACCGAGAAGAUCAUGCCUUCUACAAGGCCAUGAUUGGCGAUUUCAACGCCAAAGUUGGCCCAAGAAGAACGCCCGAGAAUCUUCACAUCGGGACCCACGGCCUACAACGGAAUGACCAGGGGGAGAGGCUCUCCGAGUUAAUCAUGACGACUAAGAACAUCCAUGGAAACUCGCAAUUCCAGAAGCCCUCUUCUCUACGCUGGACGUGA